UUAUUUCCGUUUCAAUUGCGUGAAUAAGCAAAUCAUUUUCCAGCACAGUAUCAAUAAAACACGCCGAAAUGUAUGUGAAUGGCAAUAGCUGGAAUAUUCACCAUUUGUUCUGCUCUGGCAAUCUACCGAGUCCCUUUCCCGCCAAUCCCGCUUCCAGAUUCACACUAGAGUGUGUCGGCCGGAGAGCGAAGAGCGCGCUUCCCCUCUGUUCCAGUCUAUUGAGCGCGCGGCACUUGUUCCCGCCGGGAGCGAAGGCUUGCGCAGGAGGGAAAGAGAGAGAGGUGUGGUGGAGAGAGACAGUUGACGGAUGAUGUGUUGGAAGUCGGGCUGGAAGGCCGAGAUGAGCAGGCAGCUUCCAAUGCGACGAGGAGAACUCGCUCCAGUCGUGCGGUGUACAUACUCAGCAUAGCGCCGCUGCUUUCGCACCGCUCGGUCGGAUAGUCAAUACGGAGACUUCAGUGAGGGCUGUACCGUGAGAGUGAGUGUGCGUGUCGUUCGCGAGGCGAUGAGCUAUUUGGUGUAUGUGGAGUAAUUUCCAAUUUGGAGCAAUAAAGUGUCUUGUUAAAUACUUGGUCAGUUGCGUGAAGAUUAUAGAAGAGUCUGUGGCCGAGAAGAUAUUUGCGACUCACCUGGUGCUGCGUCAGCGUCUCAAAAAUGGCCCGUGGAUUUGUGUUAAUAGUCCUAUUGUUUCCUCUCAUCUCACAAAUGGACGCCCUGACUCUGGAGGAAAAAAUUCGCGAUGAUCCGGAUUUAUCUCAGUUUUAUUCAUUAUUGGAAAGGAAUCAAAUUGCAAGCACGGCACUCAACUUCCGGUCGUUGACUCUCUUUGCGCCCACCAACAAGGCAUUCCAGCGCUAUUUCGGGAAUAAGACUUACGUCCUCUACCACAUGUUAACUGUGGCAAGUACUCUGGAGCAAUUGAAGCCAUCUGUGACUUCAGAUAUGGAAGGAAAUCCUCCACUCUACAUAACGAGGAGGCGACAUCAGAAUAUAGAUCAGAUAUUUGUCAAUAAUGCACUAAUUAUAAAGUCAAGAUCGAAUGUUCAGCUCAUUAACAAGGAAGGGAAGAAGCAAAUUUUACACGUGAUUGACGACGUCUUGCAGCCACUGACGACAAUUUCGUCCUCCACAGUGGACGUGCACAAUCCCGAUGCCUUCCAAUUCCUUACCUUCUCAGAGAGUCUGGACAUUGGCAACCAUCGGGUGCGAUCGUACAGACAGAAGGUGAUCUUGCACAAGAAGGAGUACUUGUACCAAACUCCAGGAGCACACACUUUCUUGAUUCCCGUCGAGGAGGGAUUCAAGUCGCCUCACAGACCCGAGAUGAUCGAUCGAAAGGUCAUCGAUGGGCAUAUUAUACCGAAUCGCACGGUGUUCACGGCAGCGGCUCCGCUGGACGAUCCCCUGCCAACAGCUGCCUUCGAGGACAAUCUGAAAGUGUUGAUCACAUUCUUUUCCCAGGCAGAUGGCAAGAAUAUAAAAACAUACGUGAAGUCACAGACCCUCAUUGGUGAUUCUGUGCAUGCUCCUGGAGUGGUACUUUCGGAAAUUGUGAGAGCCAACAUCCCCGUGGAAAAUGGGGUGGUGCACUUGAUCCAGAGACCAUUAGUCAUUGUGGACACCAAUGUGAUUCAGUUUCUAGAGGAGAAAGAGGACGGGCCGCUGUCGAAAUUCUUCGAAGUCAUUCAGGACUUCGGUGCGGAGUUCGUGCAGCAGAUCCGGCGAAUGAAGGACGUUACCCUCUUCGCGCCCAGCAAUGAGGCUUGGAGUGACACCAAUUUGAACAACAUCAUCCGCAACAGGGAGCGGAUGAGGGAGAUUCUCAAUCUUCACAUCGUUAAGGACAGACUCAACACGGACAAGAUUAAAACGAAUAAUCUCAAUCAGAUUAAUCAAGUCCCGACGCUGGUGGAUCGCCGAUUUCUCUACUUCAAUAUUUUCACAAAUCGUGACCGAAAUCAGACGAUAACAGUUGAGGGUGGCGGUGUGAAUGCCACAAUAAUUCAGGCGGAUAUUGCGGCUACAAAUGGCUUCGUUCACAUCAUUGAUAAAGUCUUAGGUGUACCGUAUUCCACAGUUUUGGAUAAAUUGCGAACGGAUCCCAUGCUAAAGCACACAUUCAACAUCGGAAGCCAUGGGAGGUUCAACCAGCAGCUGGCGGAGAAGACCAAGCGAUUUACAUAUUUUGUACCGAGAGAUAGAGCUUGGAAAAAUUCUGAAGCUGUCUACCCUAAUGCUCUGCGAAAGCUUUUCCUCCCAGAAUAUGCACAACAAGCGUCUGAAAUCUUGGGGCGUCAUCUCAUUGUGGGCGACAGAGCAUUCACGAUGGGGGAGCUGCGACAAUUUGCCAAUCAAACCGUUGAAUUGCCCACAGUGCGAGGAAUGCUGAGGAUCCGCGUGAAGGAGGAAGAUCGACCGGAGGAGUACUUUUUGCAACCACAUAGUUUUGGAUACUCCAUUCUGUACAACAAUCGCUGGAUUCAGGUGUACCGGCCAGACGUUGAGUGUACAAACGGCAUUAUUCACGUCAUCGACUUUCCCCUCCUGGAUGACACAGAUUCCAUAAUUAGUGGGGCACCAGCGAAAUAUCCAAAUCUCGCCUCGCUGGCUCAUCUGCUCGGCGCCAUUCUCCUCACGAGGCUCCUAAUUUAAGCGCGACGCCGCGACAAUGCCAAUUGAUAUUAGGAGAAUAUAAUUACGAAAGACUAACGAGAGCAAACCCAGGGAUGUAAGCAUUUGGAGGAGAGGCACAGCUGAGUGGAUAUGCUGAGUCCCUCUUAUCACGAAAUAUCUCGGGAUUACAUUAUAUAGAGCGUAUCGACAGAUUUUCUCAUACAUAAUCAUCAUCGUCGUGUGAAUAUUCCUUUGAAUGUGUGCUUCAAUGCCAAAAACACUCUACUCGAUGUCUACAGAGAUUAUGAUGUGACAUUCUAUCAGGAAAAUCAUCUCGGAUUAGGGAUCCUGCGUGUACCGCACAAUCGACACAUUGUGGUCUAGUUGUGCGAGAAAAGUAAGACACACUCAUCACCCUAAAGUCCCCGCUCUUCCGCCGUCUGACAUGAUUUCCUGAUGAAGAGUGUGCGAAAGUGCUAAGCCAAUAGACGCUGAAAUGGCAUUUGUGUCAACAUUUUCCUCAUCAUGUCGAGAAAACAUCGUGUUUUGUGGCUCUGGCGACAGACCGAUAUUUAAUUUACAGCCACAAAUCUUGCAUUGUGACAAUUAUUAUAUGUGUCUCUCUAGACUAGAGCCAACACUUUGGAGAACGCUAUUGUCUUUUGAAGUAGAACUUCCGCAUCAUAGAAACUAUCAUGAAUCGUAGGAGGAACUUUAAAAUCCGAGAUGACACUCGUGUCUAUGCAUCCCUGCAACUAUGCUGCAUAAUUGAGUUUAUAGAAGUGUAAGAAGAACUCGAGAUUGAGCAAAAUAUUGCAAUAGAUAUCUAGAAAUCUCUCAUAAUUGAGUUUGGUGGCUUUGUGUGUUUGAAAUCUCAUUUAAUCAUCAGUAUUGUAGUAUUUUCCAAGCAUCACUAUACAUUUUAUAUAUUGUAAUUCUACGUAAAACAUUCCGCUUGCACAUUGUUAAGAAGUUGGUUAAGAAGAAACUUUUUGAAUGACUUUUGCUUUUGAUUUCGCUCUCAACUUUGCUCAAUUUCGAGUUGAAAUGUGAAAAGGCGUCUUUCAAAUUCAAAUUGGCAUAGAAUUUUUACUCACUGCAAAAAGAGGAUUAUCAAAAGAAUGCUAUGAUUAUAUUGUUUUCGGUAGCGCUCAGCCCAACAAAUUAUCAAUCAAAACUAGUCUCAUAUAACAUAGGGAGUGUAUUAUUUUGCCAAUUUGAGUUUUGGAGAUGAUAUUAUGUAUAUAAUACAAACCAAAUUUUAUUUAAAAAAAAACCCCAUAAUUUGACAAUUUAGGUCAAGAAUGUAUUUGCACAUUUCAUAAGCGGGUAAAAUACAUGUUCUUACAUAAUAUUAACAAAAGAAGAGAAAACAUGCUGGGAAAUUAGUACUAUAUUGACGAGGAGUAAAGUAUAAUAAGUAAAAUCUUUAUGGAAGAGAUAUUUUAGAGUAUGAUCGAUAGAGGAGUAUGAGAAAGAGAUGCAUUUAGAUAUUAUAACAGAGUUGAGAAGAGAAACUUUUAGAAUAUUAUACUAUCUCUUGAUCUUUUAUAUUGUGUCUCAUUUGAAAAAUGUAUGCUUUUAUAAGAGUCUAGUUUUAGUUAUGAUCUAAUAAAAAUGAUAUAAAAUGCAGAUGUAUGUAUCUAUUUUUAAUAUAGACUGUACGGAUAUAAUAAAAAUCAUGUUGUUCAUAAUAAUAUAGAGAUGAGAAGGAAAAAGAAUUUAGAGUAAUGUGAUUUGAAUUGGCUUAAACCAUCUCAUAGCGUAGGAGAGAAUUAUAUAGAAUAUUUCACCAAACAUGAAAGUAUUGUUCAUAUUGUUCACACAAAUGACAUUCGUAAAUGAACUAGUGACUAUAAAUCCGUAUAGAAACCCUAAUAUUAAAGCUGCUUUAGUGCCUCACCACUGUUCUCUGUAACGUCUAAACUAUAAUGAUGUACGAAUCAAAUAGAGGGAUGGAAUAUAGUGAGAGUUAUUGAAACGAUUUUAAAGGGAAUGUGCUACGUUGAUGUCAGGGGAAAUAAGUUAUAAUGGUGUAUUGAUUUUGUGAAAUUACAUUAUCGUCAUCAUGCUCGUGUCGUGUCAGAGUGAAAUUUUCGCAAUUUAAUUUCCUACAGCAGCGCAACAAAUCAUUUCGAAAAAUACAGCAAAAAUUCUGAACUGAAUAUUUCUAAUAUAAUUAAUUCAGGAAUUAUUUGUCGUGCAUACAGUUCGUUAAUUCUGUCCCAAUAGGUGCAUAAUAAAUGAGGAAAUCUGAUUAUUUCCCCCUUUCAAUUAACAGAGAUUGAAUAUUAACGCGCCGUUUAGCACACAACAAAUCUUUAUGUCAGAUAAAAGAGCGAUAAACCUGAUAAAUCAAAUGAAUACACUCUGCAAAGUGAGGCAAUAUGUAGAGAAAGGGAUGAAAAUCUCGAUCAUGUACUUACAACAGAAUCAGGAAACCCCAUUUUCCAUGUGUUCGAGAGCAAUUUCGGGUGCAGGAAAAGGAAAAUUUGUCCGAAGUGCCGCUGAAAACUGCAAUGGGAUACUUUAUUGCAUUCACGAGACUCUCGAGUAUAUAACUAAACUCACUGUAGACCAUUUCAUGAGCUCACCAAAAGCGUCCAUUACCUCAUCAAUAGCUGCCCACAUAGAACUUCCCCUUCGAACCCAUUUCCUGCCCUCAUGGGAAUGAUACAAACUAACAUUUGUAGUGUCUUGUUCUGUGUUCGGGACAUUUGAGGUGAAUUUAUCGUACAAAUUAAACUGUUGCAUCCUCAGCGUGUAAUUCUGUUUUCAAUACAACAGGAAAUGAACUUUCAUGAUAAUUGCGGCUGAGUGAAAAUAUUUAAAUUUACUGAGAAUGAUGAUUUUUGAAAGAAAAGAAAAAAAUUUACAUUUAAGUGCCGAAUAUAAGUUUUAUGUAUGACAAAUUGUGUUUGUAACAUAAAAGAAAGCUAGAUGGAAUAAAAUCUCGUA